UAUCCGCUGCUGCCAGCCACAGCCGCGUCCGCGCGAGGACCCACCCGCUUCCGCUCGCUCGCGCUGCCUCCGCCGGACAAGCUCAAGCUGCUCCGCCAUGGCGGCGUGCCCCGCCGCGACCACGGCUCGCAUUCUGCUGCCCCGCCCCGGCCCCGCCCGAGGCACGGCGACGAAGGCGCGGGCGUCGGGGCUGCGGCAGGUGGAGGGGCCCGUGUCGGAGAGGGCCUACGCGUCCUCAUCCCCUGCUCCCACCCACAAGGUCACCGUCCAUGACCGGCAGAGAGGGGUCGUCCACGAGUUCGUCGUGCCACAGGACCAGUACAUUCUGCACACCGCGGAGGCGCAGGACAUCAGCUUGCCCUUCGCGUGCCGCCAUGGUUGCUGUACUAGCUGCGCCGUUCGGAUAAAAUCAGGACAAAUAAGACAACCUGAAGCACUUGGAAUAUCGGCUGAACUAAAAGAUAAGGGCUAUGCACUAUUGUGUGUUGGUUUUCCAACUUCUGAUGUGGAAGUUGAAACUCAAGAUGAAGAUGAGGUCUACUGGCUCCAGUUUGGGAGAUAUUUCGCUCGAGGGCCUGUCGAAAGAGAUGAUUAUGCAUUGGAGCUUGCAAUGGGAGAUGAGUGAGCUGCGCCUUAAGAGUGGUAAUAUUUCUGGCCGGUAGCUCAUAAUCUUAAAAACUUUCUUUGAAAGCGAAGAAGGGCCUUUUUCCUCAGCUCAAACUAUCCGUCUUUGGUGCUGUUACUCUGUUAGCGGUCGUUUUGGCAUGGGAAAGUAUGGUUUCUUGUAAAAAUUCUGAUUGCUAGUUUGCACCUGACAGACGAGAAACACUACAAUGGGUUACAUGUAAAGUUGUAAAAAGUACUUAGUCACCUAAUCUUGAGUGCGAAUAAUGAAUAAUGAUCACCAGAGCUAUGUGUUUGAGAA